AUGGACCGGAAGAUCAACUUCAUCGACGUUCUCAAAGACAAGGCCUCCAUCCUCCGCGCCUCCUUCUCCAUCAACCGCCAUGUGUCAUCCAUCCACGUAUCCAUCCUCCGCGCCACUUCCCACGACCCGUCGUCGCCGCCGUCGGAGGAUAGAAUCAACGACAUCCUCGAGCUAGGGAAGUCGUCGCGUCUCGCUGCGUGCACCUGCAUUGACAUCCUUAUGGACCGCCUCCAUGCCACCCAGAACGCUUUCGUCGCGCUGAAAUGUCUGUUCACCGUACAUAACAUAGUGUCGAGAGGUUCGUUGGUUUUCAGGGACCAGAUUUCUUAUCAUCCCAGUUUCGGAGGGCGUAACUUCUUGAACAUGGCCAUGUUCAGCGACAAAUCGGAUAUGGACACGUGGGAGUUUUCGUUAUGGGUGCGGUGGUACGCCGCCGUGGUGGAACAGAAUAUGACGGCGGCGAGGGUGAUCGGUUAUUACCUCAACCCGCCACACAAGUUUGCGGAAUACCAAACAAAAACGCUGCCGGUGUUGAAUAAUGAUCUGGUGAAUGAGAUUGAAGCGCUUAUAGAAUUUGUUGUGAGAAUCUCCGACCCGCCGGAAUCGUUGAACCUGCAGCGGAACAAUUUGGUUUACGAGAUCGUGAAGGCGGCGAGCGAGGAUUACAGGGCGGUUCAGUAUGAAAUUUCGGUACGGGUUAAAGAAACGGAGGAAAGGGUGGAGAGACUGUGCCUGUCCGAGUUGACUCGGGUGGUGGACGCGCUGAGGAGGCUGGAGGAUUGCAAGGAGAGGCUGGUGUUGCUGUUCGUGAACCGGAAGAGGAACGAGGGGUUGUGGGAGUCGGUUCGGAAAACGAGUUCGGAGCUGGCGGAGACGAAAGCGCAGAGAGAGGAGAAGAGGCUGGUAGUGAGGACCAUGAGUAGGAACAGAGGGCGAGACGAUAUGAGCGAGUCGACUCAGUGCUGGAACCCGUUUCUUGAACCAGGGCAGUUGCUUCUGUUACCUUCGGGCCGCGGCGGAGGAGGAGGGUGGCUGGGGAUGGGCCCCAGCCCAAUAGCCGUUUGA